AUGGCAUCAAGUACCGAUAAUUGGAUCGCGGAUACUGUGGGUGAUUUUAUACACUCACCAAUCUGGUCAGCACCUGUUCGUACUUUCAUCAACGCAAAUUGUCUUAUAUUUGAAUACGACGAUGACGACGAUAAUGAUACCGAUGAACGCAGUGAAAAAUCAGUAAUCCUAGCAGAACAAAAGAAUAUUUUCACAAAAUAUCAACGUCUUGUUGAUGCUUUAGUUACUAGUCUCGGUAAAGAUUUAGAUCUCGAUGAAAAUGAGGUAACAAAAGCGUGUCAAAUUCCUGUACCUCUCGACGAUUCAAUUCUUUCCGAUGAACGUUAUGAACAACUGUAUUCAGCCAGAGAUUUCGACCUGUUUCAAAAUAUGAUGAGAAAAAGAAAUUUAAUUCUUCAAUUACAAGCACUGAUUAGUUUACAAUUACAAUGGGGUUUAAUCAAACCAGGUGACACUCGUGAUGAUCUUAUUGUAUCACUUCUAUCACAAGCAACAGGAUCAUCAUCAUCACGACGUGGUUCAACAACGCUACCACAAGAACCCGCUCACAUUCCAGUGAUAAAACAACAAGCACGAAGAGAAGAACAGAAACCCAAAUAUAAUGACAAUGAUGAUGAUGAUGAUGAUGAUAGUGAUGUUGUUACGCCAAAAAAAGAAUCACGACCAUCUGUACGCAAAACUAAACCGAAAGUUGAACCGAUACAAGCACCUAAAGAAGAACGCCGUUUACCUAGUUUACGACCGAAAGGUGUGCCAGAUCUUGAUGCUCAAUGGCACAGAGAUCUUCGACGAGGAGAUUCAAAGAGUGACGAUGACGAUAACUCAGCAGACAAUGAUCAAUCACAACAUGAAUCCACGCUUCAAACAAUUAGCGCUAUACCUGAAAAGGUACUUCGUCAGAAGUUACGUGAUUUAACAGAACGCACAAGUUCAGCCGUCGAUGAUGAAACAGCCAGUGCUAUUCGAGAGAGACAAAAGUUUUUAGAAGCUCAACGUAAGAAAAUCAUUGAGAAUCAGCGUGCUAAACAUGCACAAGAAUUGGAACAAGAAGCACCUCAUGCUCGACCGCAAUCAGCUAGACGUGCUCAACAGUUUAUGAAGACAGAAAAUGAAAAGAAACAAACAGAAGAAGACGCACAACAACAACAACGUAUACCUAAUGAUGAAAUCAAGAAGCGACAAGCGCUUAUGGCGAAACUCAAACGUGAAGUUGUCGAGAAAAAAUAA